UUUUCAGAAAAUUUUUUAUCAUUAUAUUCUUUAUUGUAUUUUCAAUUAAUAUCUACCUGCAUAUAUUGCAUAUAAGUUAUAACCAACAACUAUAUGAAUUAUAACUGCUCUAAAGUAUUUUAGAGUGUGCUUCUUUCUGAAUUUAUGAUCUACUCACUAAUUAUACACACACACACCACACACACACACACAUAUACAUACAUACAUAGUUUAUUAAUUUAUUCAAAGCUGAGAGAGAAAGAGACAGAAGGAGAACCACAUGUAUAUAUAUGUAUAUAUAUCUUAACAAGUACAGAUUUACAAGGUAUAUAUAAAAAAGAGGGGAACAAGGAAGCAAGGGACAAAUUGUUGGAGACAGAAAUUUUGUAAAUACAGUUAAACAGACGAAAGUACAGAAAUCAAUGACACUCAUCUCUAAGAACAUUUGAUAUAGAAAUUCCAAUCAACUUCAUUUACAAAAGAUCUUAAAAAGCAAAAACAAAAAGGAAAAUUAGUAUUUGUCAAGAAGAUUUACUUCAUUCCAUCUACCACCAUGUUACUUAAUUCCUGUUGGUGUAUUUUUGUCUUCAUCUGUCUUCAUUUUGCAAAUAUCCAGGCCACAAGUUGGGAUGUAGAAGUUUGUUAUGCUGGGGCUUACCAUUCUUCAGUUCACAUUAGAUUGAACAAUGACUAUAAAGACUUAUUAUAUAACCGCAAACUAAGAUGCUUCUACGGCAAUUUUGGAUUAAAAAGUGGAGAAAAGCCAAGUUUUAUUAAAGUUGAUCAGGGAUAUGGCUAUAAGGCACAUGUUGAAAAUCCAGAUCUUCCAGUAAAGUAUGUCGGCAACUGCUCAUCAGGUUGUAGACUGAAGAAGGUGAAUUUAGAAAAAUAUAUCCAGGCCACAAAAUGGAAUGUAAAAGUUUGUUAUGAUGUGACUUACUAUUAUUCAGUUCGCAUUACAUUGAACAAUGACUAUAAAGACGUAUCAUAUUACAGCGAACAAAGAUGCUUCUACGACAAUUUUGAAUUAAAAAGUGGAGAAAAGCCAAGUUUUAUUAAAGUUAAUCAGAAUUAUGGCUAUAAGGUCAGUUUAAACACAAACCUGGAAUCUGCUACUUUCUAUAUAAAUUCCCUACUGGGAAUGACCAACUUUAAGAGAAUCUUACAUUGCUUAUAAACUUUACUUUUGGAUGGACUUUACAUUUGGAUUAAACUCUGUGGGACUUUUGGAUUUUACUCAAAGGAUAUUGGAAUAAUACACAUAUAUACCAUUAUGCCUAUAAAACGAAUUUAUGAACUCAAUAACCAUACAUAUUACA